AUGCCGUUCGGACUAAAGAACACGGUGUCUACUUAUCAGAGAACAGCCACAUCCAUCAUGCACAUGAUCCACAAGGAAUCAGGGGUGUAUGUUGAUGAUAAGAUCGUCAAGUCCAAAGAUAGUCAAGGACAUACAACAGUGCUUCAAAAGUUCUUCGACAAACUCAAGCAAUUCAAUAUGCGGCUCAAUUCGCAAAAAUGUGCAUUCGGGGUAACAUCAGGAAAGUUACUCGGGUACUUCAUCAGCUCUCAAGGCAUUGAAGUUAAUCCUUCAAAUAUCAAGGAUAUCUCAGCUAUGACUCCACCCAACGGAUGGAAAGGAAAUUCGGGGAUUCCUUGGCAAAUUACUAUACAUCAGUUGAUUCAUUUCCAAGCUCACCAUGGCCUAAGUAAAGCCAAGUCUUGGGCUAAAUCCGAACCUAGCUUGAAACCAAACACAUCACCUAGUACCGUAGGUUCAAGUAAUUCUACGGCUGCCCCUAAACUAUCUAACCCAACCAAAGAAACAAGUCUGUCCAAGGUGCGUUGUUUUAAGUGUCAAGGGUUUGGGCAUUAUCAAAAUGCGUGUCCAAAUAAACGAGUAGUGACCUUGAGAGAAGCUGUUGAAUGUCGUGAGGAGUUGUUUGAAGAGGAAAAGAGGUUGGGGGACGUAUUUGUGUUUGAUGAGAGUGGUGAUGAGGAGGAAGAGGAAGGGUAUGAGGCUCCAAUAUAUGACACGAGUCUGGUUCUUAGAGCGCUACAAACUCAAAUUUCACCUACUGAUCUAGACCAACGAGAUCAGUUGUUUCAUACUAAAUGUCUAGUGAAAGAUAAGUGGUGUAGUGUAAUUGUUGAUGGGGGGAGUUGUACGAAUGCUGCUUCUAGUGAAAUGGUGUCAAAAUUAGGCUUAAUCACUACUGCCCAUCCUAGGCCAUACGCACUCCAUUGGCUUGAUGAUGUUAAUAGUGUACAAGUGUCGAAGCAAGUAAGGGUUGGUUUGACUAUGGGUUCGUAUGUGGAUGAAGUUCUUUGUGAUGUUAUUCCUAUGGAUGCUUGUCAUAUUUUGUUGGGUCGUCCUUGGCAGUUUGAUAGGGACUUCAAGGAUGUAUUUCCGGAUGAAUUACCACCAGGUUUGCCCCCUAUUCGUGGUAUUGAACAUCAAAUUGAUCUUAUUCCAGGAACUUCUUUGCCUAAUAAGGCUGCCUAUCGUUGCAAUCCGGAGGAAACAAAGGAAUUACAAAAGCAAAUUGAUGAACUUGUGAAUCGAGGCUAUGUUAGAGAAAGCUUGAGUCCAUGUGCUGUUCCGGUGUUGCUUGUGCCUAAGAAAGAUGGAACAUGGCGCUAUGUGGUUUCGAAAGAUGGAGUGUCCGUAGAUCAGUCCAAGAUCGAGGCUAUCAAAUCGUGGCCUAAUCCUAAAACUAUAAGUGAGGUGCUUUCAUUUCAUGGUCUUGCUUCAUUUUAUAGACGUUUCAUUCGUGAUUUCAGUACUAUUACUAGUCCUAUCACUAGUUGCUUGAAGAAAGGUGCUUUUGUAUGGGGAGAGGACGCUCAAAAGGCGUUUGAUGUGAUUAAAGAGCGUUUGUGUGCUGCUCCUAUUUUGGCGCUGCCAGAUUUCUCUCAACCUUUUGAGGUCGAGUGUGAUGCUAGUGGAGUGGGGAUUGGUGCUGUUUUGAUCCAAGGUAAGCGUCCCAUAGCUUAUUUUUCGGAAAAGUUAGGGGGUGCUCGUUUGAAUUAUUGCACUUAUGAUAAAGAGUUCUAUGUCAUUGUUAGAGCUUUGGAUCAUUGGAGUCAUUAUUUGCGUUCUAGCCACUUUGUUUUGCAUUCUGAUCAUGAAUCUUUGAAGUAUAUUAAUGGGCAACAAAAAUUGAGCCCAAGGCAUGCUAAAUGGGUUGAGUUCUUGCAAUCCUUUCAUUUUUCUUCGAAAUACAAAGAUGGUAAAAGCAAUGUGGUGGCUGAUGCAUUAUCACGAAGGUACGAUGGGUUUCUUUUCAAAGGUAAUCGCCUUUGUAUUCCUAAGCAUUCAAUUCGUGAGUUACUAGUGCGUGAGGCUCAUAGUGGAGGAUUGGCUGGUCACUUUGGCAUAGCCAAGACCUUGGAAAUCUUGAGAGAACAUUUCUUUUGGCCUAAAAUGUUAGGUGAUGUAACGAACAUUGUGAAUAAAUGUGUGACUUGUCAUAUGGCCAAGAGUUCUUUCAAACCCGGUUUAUACUCACUUUUGCCGGUUCCAGUUCGCCCUUGGGAAGAUGUAUCCAUGGAUUUUAUAGUGGCUUUGCCUCGUACUCAAAGAGGUAAGGAUGCUAUUAUGGUCGUGGUGGAUAUAUUUUCAAAAAUGGCUCACUUCGUUGCUUGUCACAAAACGGAUGAUGCUUGUAAUGUGGCUGAUUUGUAUUAUAAGGAGAUUGUUCGUUUGCAUGGAAUUCCAAUGACUAUUGUUUCUGAUCGAGAUUCCAAGUUCUUGAGUUACUUUUGGAAUACAUUGUGGAGAAAGGUGGGAACCAAGUUGUUGUUUAGCACUUCACAUCACCCUCAAACUGAUGGGCAAACAGAGGUGACAAAUCGAACCUUGGGAACGCUAUUGAGAGGGUUGGUAAGUAAAACGCAAAAGGAUUGGGAUGUCAAGCUUGCUCACGCUGAAUUUGCUUAUAAUCGGUCUCCUACUUAUGCUACUGGUCAUUCUCCAUUUGAGGUAGUAUAUGGGAUUAAUCCAUACUUGCCCUUGGAUUUAAUUCCAUUACCUUUGGUUUGGGUUCAUUUAAGGAAAGAGCGUUUUCCAAGCAAACGCAAGAACAAGCUUAUGCCUAGGGCUGAAGGUCCUUACAAGGUGGUUGCACGUGUGAAUGAUAAUGCUUACAAGAUUUUUGAUAGGGACGUGGUUCACAAGGGGAGAAGCAACGAGUAUGAAUCGAGAGACAUGUUGGAAAUUCUCAUUGGGAAACACAAAGGAAAAAGAGAGUGUUCUCCUUGUUGA